GGCGCGGCGGGUCCGGCAUGAGCGAGGCGCGGCUGCGGCCCGGGCGCGGCCCGGCGGGGCCCGAGACCCCCAGGACAAGGAGUCCGAGUCUGAGAACAGGCUGGAUGGAGAGACGGCGUCAGACAGCGAGAGCAAGUCCGAGUUCGGGGGCUCCUCCCCUGUGCCCACCUCAGAUGACACCCCAGAGGUGCUGAACAGGGCCCUGUCCAACCUGUCCUCGAGAUGGAAGAACUGGUGGGUGAGAGGGAUCCUCACGCUGGCCAUGAUCACCUUCUUCUUCAUCAUCAUCUACCUGGGCCCCAUGGUCCUGAUGACAAUAGUGAUGUGUGUGCAGAUCAAAUGCUUCCACGAGAUCAUCACCAUCGGCUACAACGUGUACCACUCCUACGACCUGCCCUGGUUCAGGACGCUCAGCUGGUAUUUCCUGCUGUGUGUGAAUUAUUUCUUCUACGGGGAGACGGUGACUGAUUAUUUCUUCACGCUGGUGCAGAGGGAGGAGCCGCUGAGGAUCCUCAGCAAAUACCAUCGCUUCAUCUCCUUCGCCCUCUACCUCACAGGGUUCUGCAUGUUUGUGCUGAGCCUGGUGAAGAAGCACUACCGCCUGCAGUUCUACAUGUUUGGCUGGACCCACGUGACGUUGCUGAUCGUGGUCACCCAGUCCCACCUCAUCAUCCACAACCUGUUCGAAGGAAUGAUCUGGUUCAUCGUGCCCAUCUCGUGUGUGAUCUGCAAUGACAUCAUGGCCUACAUGUUCGGCUUCUUCUUCGGCCGCACGCCGCUCAUCAAGCUCUCCCCAAAGAAGACCUGGGAGGGUUUUAUUGGAGGAUUUUUUUCCACUGUUCUCUUUGGGUUGCUGCUGUCCUACGUGAUGUCGGGGUACCGCUGCUUCACCUGCCCCGUGGAGUUCAACAACGACACCAACAGCUUCACCGUGGACUGCGAGCCCUCCGAGCUCUUCCAGCUGCAGGAGUACAACAUCCCCGUGCUGCUGCACUCCGUGCUGGGCUGGAGGACCGUGAGGAUGUACCCCUUCCAGAUCCACAGCAUCGCCCUGUCCACCUUUGCCUCCCUCAUCGGGCCCUUCGGAGGCUUCUUCGCCAGCGGCUUCAAGAGGGCCUUCAAAAUCAAGGACUUUGCCAACACCAUCCCGGGCCACGGGGGCAUCAUGGAUCGCUUCGACUGCCAGUACCUGAUGGCCACCUUUGUCAACGUCUACAUUGCCAGCUUCAUCAGGGGCCCCAACCCCAGCAAACUGAUCCAGCAGUUCCUGACCCUGAGGCCAGAGCAGCAGCUGCACAUCUUCAACACCCUCAAAGCUCACCUGGUGGACAGGGGAGUGCUGGCCAGCCUGGAGGACGCAUAGGCAGGAGCUUGGAGCAGGACUGAGAGCACACAGGCCUCCUCCAGGGAGUUCCCUGAUUUAAGACAAUAACAAGGCCUCAUUUCACUGUAACUUUUUCUUCCUUUCUUGGUAAAUGUUUGCAUUUGUGGUUUAUUUUAUUUUAUUUUUUUUUCUAAAUAAUAUAUUUAUAGAGCUUUGGUUCAAACGAGCAAAUGUCGGGUUUGUAGCUGAGGAGGAGGUGAGGGGUGGGUGGAGCAGGAGUAUCAAAACUGCUCUGGGCCUCCUGCUCAGGGGGCAGCUCUGGGACCCUCCUCCUGUGCUGGGGGUGCAGGGGAAUGUCCCAGGGCAGAUUCCUGCCUCUGGGAAUCUCCUUGCACAGGGGGAGGAUCCUGUGUGAGCCCCUUCCCGCUGCCGCUGCUCUCACUGCUGCUCCUGCAGUGCCUCUCACAUUCCCUCCCUUCUGUCCUGGCAAAUCAGAUUUUUGUGGCCGCUCAGAGCAGGAGCAGGCUGGGCACAGGGAGUGGCAGCUUCAGAUUCCCCCAGAAGCCAUGGAAGUAAAUGAGGUUCAGAGAGCGCUGAAGUUUCAUUGAGCAAUUCCUGCCAGGUGAGAACAGCUUGCAAACACCUUGGUUUGUUUCCCCCAUUAAAUAACCUUUAGAAACCACACUUCUUCCUUUCUCCAAGCUUGGAAACCCCACACUGGGAUAUUUGAAGGAGCCUGGGGAGCAGUUUCCAGGCAGUUUCCUUGCUGCAGCUGGGGGUUUUGUUUUCUUUCAGGGAUCAUGUCUGUUUGUUACUUGAGCUGUAGAAGUCGUGCUGCUGAGUUUACCAAGGUCUGUGUUGCAUUUCAGUCUGAGUUCAUUUCUCUGCAGGCUUCUGUCCUGCUUUGCUCACUGAAUCUUGUCAGAAGUAGUUUGUACUUGAUAGCUGCAGGUUUUAUGAAGUACUUUCCUUUAUUUUGUCAUACUUUUUUAUUAUUUAAAAACAAGAGCCCUAAAGAUUGUAAAACUUUACUUUUUCUUUUUUUUUUUUUUUUUUUUUUUUUGUAACCAGAUAGUGAAAAUAUCCCCAUUUACACCUUGUGUAAACACGAGGGGAUUCUGAUUUUCCUUCUUUCCAUAGUUUGUGCAUGGGAGAGAGAAACUUUACCUUGUUUUAGCCCAGGGAACGAGUGACAGGGAGAGCUCAUGCAGAAAUACAUUGGAGUUUUCAAGCAGUUGCUGCCACAAACCUUCAGCCACGCGUGAGCCCUGCACCUGCUUGGCAUCAGCAGAGAAUAAACCACCUGAAAACGCCCCAAAUUCAGAGCUUUUCACACCCUGAGUGCGUGUAACUACACAGCAGAGGGGCCAGCCCCUGUCCUGCACUGCUGUGGGGCUGUGCUGGCUCUGCUCCCUGGGCAGGUGUUGGAUGGAAAGCACAGGAGGCUCUGCUCUUACAAAGCAUUCCCAAUUCCUGCUGGCACAGUUCUGCCCUGGGCAGUCCAGGACUGCCUUUGGCGUUCAUGUGGAUUUCUCCUGGUUGUGGAUUUCUCCUGUGCUUGCUCCCCUCCAGCUGGAAUUAGGUUUAUUUAUUUUCUGCCCAUGGAGCAGAUGUUGGUGCAAGAAGCUGCAGAGGAGAACGGAGGUGCUCCCCCCUUGCCCAGGGCAAUAUUUGGGCAGUGCCAGGGGGCUGCAGCAGCUGGGGCUGCCUGGGUGCUCCCGCCCUUUACCCAACGCCCCAGGCAGAAAUGACAGUGUUGAUAAAUAUCCCAAAGCUGUGCUCUGUCCUUAGUGAGAAAUCCCUUGGUGGGUUUUUAGUCUCCUGCUCGUCUGCUUUAACCCUUUAGUUCCUCUCCUGCUGUGAGCAGCAGGGCAGGGCUUUGCUGGGGCAGGGCUGUCAGUGCUGGCUGUGGGCACUGGAGGGCAAAGCAGCUCCAGGGAGCAGCAGCAGCUCUGCCUGGGGGGCCUGCCCUGCCA